AUGUGGCGUCGAGGUGGCCAGCGCUCGCUCGGAGAAGCCAGACGCCUUUCCAGCGGGGCUGGGCGCUGCAGCGGCGGGAAGGAUGAGGGACGCGUCCCGGGGACGGGCUCCUUCCCCGUGGCGCCUUCGCCUCCUCCUCCUCCUCCUCCUCUUCCUACUGGCCGGCUUCGGCCGCUCCUGGUGCAGCCAAGCCGAAGGGAGCGCCGGGCUCGCCUCGCCCCGCGCGCUCUGCUUCUACGGGCAGGUGCCCGAGAACAGCCCCCCGGGGACGUGGGUACAAGGCUUGCGGGUGCCCUUGCGAAGGCUGCUGCUGGCCGCGGGCGAGACGACGACGACGACGACGGGAGAGUGGACGCUGGAGGUCUCUGGGUCUCGGCCCAGGACCACGGGCGGCCCCGGCCGCUGCGCAGCCCCGCGAGGCUCCUGCACUUCGCGGUGAGGAAGAGGACGAGGCCGUCGGAGGACGACGACGACGACGAAGAAGAAGAGGCGGAGGAGGAAGGCGCCCGGUCCCCGCGUCGCGCCCGCUCCCUGCCCGCCUCCUCCAGCCCCGUCUACAAAGUCCGCAUCCCCGUCGGGGCGCCGCCGGGGGAGCCCAUCUUCACGGUCCCGGACACCCGCCACCAGGACGCCGGCGGGAGCUGGUUCGAGCUGGACUCCCCCGCGACGUCCGGCUCCUUCCCGGUGGAGUUGGACAGGGGCUCCGGGCGACUGUCCCUCAGCCGGCCGCUGGAGAGGGGAGGCCGGACCGAGGUGACGGUCAAGGUGCAUCGGAUGGAUGGGCCAGAGAACGAUUGGUAUUUAUGUCGCGUGGUGAUUGUUGCUGUUGAAGAGGAACCUAUCUCUUGGGGAAUGUAUCCAUACCCCUACUUGGCACGUGUUGAUUCUGAGGCCCGAGCAGGCACAGUCGUGUAUCAGCUGGCUGCCCAUUAUAGUGACAAUGAAAAUUCUAGUGCUGGGAUAUCCUAUGCCCUCAUUGCAGGUGGUGAAGAACGUUUUGAUAUAGAUGUGGACACAGGUGUCAUAUUGACAACGGGGUUGCCUUUAACUCUGAAUCAAGAAUAUGUGGUCACUGUGCUGGCCAUAGAUGAGUAUGGCAGCAAAAGUCCAUAUGCUUUCAUCUCCAUCCUGGCUGGCUCCAGGCCUCCCCAGUUCACUAAUAUAUCCUACAGUGUAUUUAUUCCAGAAAAUACUCCAGCAGAUGAAAAAGUGGCUAUUAUUGAAGCAGUUUCUUUCCAGAGUCAACCUCUCUCUUACACACUGCUGAUGAACCCUAGUGGCCUUUUCCACAUGGACCAAGAGACUGGCGAGCUCACUUUGACUCAUGCAGUGGACUACGAGAGCGAGCAUCACCUCUAUCAUUUUUUAGUAAAGGCUAUGGAAACAGAGAGCUUGCUCAGCAGUGUAACUGAGGUCAUCGUUCAUAUCACAGAUGAAAAUGACUGCUGUCCAGAAUUUCAGGAAUCUAUUUAUAGUCGAGAAAAUAUUCUUGAAUCAGUCCCUGUGGGGACAUCAUUACUGCAAGUACUUGCAACAGACUGUGACUCUGGCUCCAACUCCGAGAUUGUCUAUUUCAUUCAGAGUGCGGAUUUUUCCAUCACGCCUGAGGGCACCAUCAAUUCAAACCAGCGACUGAACUUUGAGCGAUCAAACCACAUGUAUGAGUUUGUGGUCAUUGCUGUUGACAGAGGGCAUCCUCCUCGGACAGGGACUGCAUCAGUGCGCAUUCGCAUGGCAAAUGUGAAUGAUGAAGCCCCUGUGUUCUCCCAGUCGGUUUACAAAACUUUUCUCUCAGAAGAUGCAGGCCCUGGUACGUUAGUAGCCACCAUCCAUGCAAAAGAUCCUGAUGGAGAUGGAGUGUUGUACUUAAUUACUGGUGGUAACGAAGAAGGCAAUUUUGAAUUGGACAGCCAUAAAGGUAUCCUUCGUCUUCGCAGAAAUCCUCUGCCUAAAUUGAAGGGGCCACAGUACAUUUUGAACAUCUCUGCUAUUGACGACAAUUCCUCUGGGGGACCAAGAUCUCUCAGUAGCUUUGCUGAAGUGAUGGUGGGGAUUAAUGAUGUCAACAACAACAAGCCUGUUUUCACAGAGUGUGCAUAUUACAGUGACAGCACCUGGGUUCUUGAAAAUCAGCCCCCGGGCACCUAUGUUCUGCGGGUGGAAGCCUAUGAUGCAGACCUUGGUCUAAAUGGAAGAGUGAAGUACAGCCUCAUGCACAGAGAUGGGGCUUCACCAGGUUUCAGCAUUGAUCCGGAUUCAGGCAUUAUAACUACAUCUCAAAGUUUUGACCGAGAGAAGCAGAGAGAAUAUACUUUGUCUGUGACUGCUACAGAUCAAGCUCAAGAGCCAUUGAUUGGAGUGUGUCAAAUCACAAUUUAUAUUGCUGAUGUGAACGACAAUGACCCAAAAUUUGAAAACAGUCGCUAUCAGUACUUUCUCCGUGAAGAUACACCGUUGGGAACAAGUUUCCUCUGUGUUGCCGCUCAUGAUGAUGAUCAAGGGGUGAAUGCUGCCAUCACUUACUCCAUGCUGCCACAGGAGCCAGAGUACUUCAAGAUCAACCCCAACACAGGAUGGAUAUUUGUCAGUCAUGUCAUCUCUCAGACAUUUCAGAGAAGUAGUUACAUCACAGCAACUGAUGGAGGAAAUCGGAGCACCACUGUGGAACUCAUAGUGACCGUUACUGAUGUGCUCAAUCAGGCGCCACAGUGGGAGAAAAGUGCAUAUUGGGUCACGGUCACAGAGAGCGUUGCCCGUGACACCAAGAUAGUGACUAUCAAAGCCACAUCCCCUCUUGCUGAUGCACGGGUUAUAUAUCACCUAGAGGAAGGGCAAGUUCCUGAAACAAACAUGCCUGUCCGUUUCUACCUCAAACCAAACAGGGCGGAUGGAUCUGCUUCACUUCUAGUUGCCGAACCCCUUGACUUUGAGACCACCAAGUUCUUCACAUUAAGCAUCAAAGCUCAGAAUGUGGCACCAGUUCCCGUGGCAUCCUUCACCACUGUUUGUGUUAAUAUAACAGAUGUCAAUGACAAUGUCCCAUUCUUCACGUCUUCUACUUAUGAGGUUUCUGUACCUGAAGGAGCAGAAAUUGGUACCUCUGUUGUGCAAGUUCUCGCUAGUGAUUCAGACUCGGGACUCCAUGGAGAGGUCAGCUAUUCAGUAUUGAAGGAUCCUAGUGGAGAUUAUCAGUACUUCACUAUUGAUUCCAAAUCUGGAGUCAUUUCCACCCAGGUGUCUUUUGACAGAGAAAAAAGAGGAUCAUACUUGAUUGAAGUUCAGUCUCAGGAUUCUUCUGAAUCAGCCAGGCCUGGUAUAUAUGGGCAACCAAACACAGAUACAGCCUAUGUGAGGAUACUUAUUAGUGAUGUAAAUGACAAUGCUCCCAUGUUCUCACGUUCACUGUAUGAAAUAAAUGUAGAUGAAGACAUGGAUGUUGGAUAUGUGGUACUUAUACCGACUGCUAGUGAUAAAGAUGAAGGAUCUAAUGCCAAGCUAAGAUAUCAGAUCACUUCAGGAAAUGACCGAGGAGAUUUCUAUGUAGAGCCUGAGAAGGGCACUAUUCUGAUUGCCCAGAAUCUUGACUACGAACAAGAGCAGCUUUAUGAACUCCAGUUAGUAGCUUCUGACGGGAAAUGGGAGAACCACACUCUGAUUAUUAUCAAUGUACUUAAUAAGAACGAUGAAGCACCUGUUUUCUCUCAGGAUGAAUACCAUGGCAGUGUCUUGGAAGAGCUUGUUAAUUUGCCUGUAGUUGUUUUACAGGUUUCUGCAGCUGAUCCUGACCAGGAAGCUAACCAGAGCACUCUUCGCUACUCAUUACAUGGACAGGGUGCGCAAAAUGAGUUCAGUAUCAAUGAAUACACAGGACAGAUAACUGCGAAUAAGAAAUUGGAUCGAGAGAAACGAUCUGUAUGGCGCUUCCUUGUUCUUGCCACUGAUGAGGAUGGUGAAGGUCUAACUGGUUUUGCUGACGUUAUCAUAGAUGUGGCAGAUGUGAAUGACAAUUCACCUCUUUUUCUUUGUACUUCGGAUGGUUGCUUCAUGGGGCAAAUCCCUGAAGAUGCUCCUGCUGAUUCAGCUGUCAUGGAGAUGCUGGCAGUAGACCUUGAUGACCCCAGAGCUGGAAGGAAUGCUGUUUUAACCUACAGUAUUAUUCAGAACGUCCAAAAUGAAAUUAACCUCAACUUGUUCUCAGUGAAUCCAGCUAGCGGCACCAUCUACACAGUGUUGGGAUCCUUAGAUAGGGAGAAAGAAGACAGGUACAUGGUGGUGGUCAAGGCAAAGGACGGAGGGGGUCUUACUGGAACAGGGACUGCCACCAUUUUAGUGACAGACGUCAAUGACCAUGCCCCAGCCUUCACCAAAAAGAUUUAUACAGCCUUUGCUUCUGAGAGUGCAGGCCUCAAUGCUGAGAUUGCGGAAGUAUCUGCCACUGAUGAAGAUGAAGGAGGAAAUGCUGUUGUGACUUUCAGCAUCUUGGAUGGUGAUGAUGACCGCAAGUUUUACAUUGAGACAGAUAAAGCUAAUAAGCGUGGUGUGAUUCGGCUGCGGAAACGGAUAGACUUUGAGAAGCCCCACGAGAGGGUGUUCAACUUGACAGUGAAAGCAGAAGAUCUGGAUUUUUUCAGCAUAGCUCAUUGUGUUAUCUAUGUGGAGGACUUCAAUGACCAUGCUCCUCUCUUCUAUCCACAAUUCUACGAAGUAGCAGGCCUGGCUGAAGAUGUUCCCCUUGGUACUAAAGUUGUCCAGGUGAUUGCUGUCGAUUUAGAUUCUGGGUUGAAUGGAAGGUUCUCUUACCACCUGCUAAACAAGUCAGACCCAACUGGAAGAUUCUCCGUGGUUAAUGAUGGCUGGAUCAUAGUAGCAGGAUUGUUGGAUUAUGAGAUGGUAGCACAGUAUCAGCUUGUGGUCAUUGCUACCGAUAUGGGACAGCCACCUCUGAGUGGUAGCGCCACUGUUCUGGUAGCUCUUCAGGACGUCAAUGAUAAUGGACCUGAGUUUGAGGCUCAGUACAACCCAGUUGUUUGGGAAAACACUCCUUCUCCUCAGGUUGUCCAGAUGAAUGACACAUCAACGUUGUUGUAUGCUAAAGACAGAGACAGCCCGGCAAAUGGGCCUCCAUUUUCUUUCCACUUACUGAGUGACUUUGGCAGUGUGACAUACUUUAAUUUGCAAGACUUCCACAAUGGAAGUGCUAUGCUGACAGCAUUGCAUACAUUUGACAGGGAGGUGCAUAAGGCAUUUGAUCUAAAAAUUCUGAUUGCUGACAGCGGGAACCCUCCCAUGAGCUCAACCAACACAUUAACGGUGAAUAUUGGGGACCGAAAUGACCAUCCUCAUUCAGCUGGCUUCAUGGAAUGCCUCAUCUACAGUUACAGUGGUAUUCUGCCCACAACUGUACUGGGUCAGAUUCAUGCCCCAGAUAAUGAUGACUGGGAUCACAAGACAUAUCACUUUGAAGGGAAAGCACCCAGGCAUUUUAUCCUCAAUGAUAAUUCUGGCUUAUUAAGUAUAAAAGAAGGAACUCCUACAGGGACAUAUGAUAUAAAAGUGAAAGUUACAGAUGGCAUCUGGCCUGAUGUGGUCUCUACUGUAAAGGUUGUUGUGAAAGAAAUCAAAGAAGAAGAAGCUCACAAUGCAGGUUCUAUCCGAGUAAGAGAUAUCACUGCAGAAGAUUUUAUAUAUCAGUCAUCUGAGAGUGAAAGUAAGUACAGUCAAAUGAAGAAGCUGUUCUCAGAAAUCAUACCAGCCCAACUUGAAAAUGUCCACAUCUUCAGUGUCUUGAACAGUCCGGGUGAAACACAAGGAGUAGAUGUGUGGUUUGCAAUUCAUGGAUCACCCUACUACAAAGCAGAAAAACUUAAUGGCAACGUUGCUGUGUCAAAAGCACGGCUGGAAACAGUCUUGAAUAUCAACAUCACACAGGUUGGCAUAGACGAGUGUGUGUCAGCAAACUGCUCUCAUAGCACCGGCUGCAUCAGCAAAAAUGAAUUUAGUCCUCUUCCCACAAUAACUACUUCUGGAAGUGUCUUGCUGGCCUCUAUUACAGUCUUGAGUAGUGCCCAAUGUAAGUGUGAACCUCGAGAGAAGAAGCAUCGCUCCUGUUCUUCCUACCGGUUAAAUCCAUGCUAUAAUGGUGGUACCUGUAUGGACACAGACCUGGGUUAUAGCUGCAAGUGCCCACCUGCUUUCCAUGGGCCUGAAUGCCAGCAGACACAGCACACCUUUCGAGGACAUGGAUAUGCCUGGUUCCCACCCAUCAAACCAUGCUUUGAGAGCCGUAUCUCCUUGGAUUUCAUCACUGAAGUUGGGGAUGGCCUUCUGCUAUACAAUGGACCAGUGGCACAUGUGAAGCCAGGAGAAGUGGAAGACUUCAUUGCACUAGAACUCUUAGAUGGUGUUCCAUCACUGACUUUAAGCCAUGGCUCAGGGGCUCUGUUCUUGCAGCUGUCGGAGAAGGUCAAUAUCGCUGAUCGUCGCUGGCAUAACUUAAAAAUAAUAAACGAUGGAAAGAAAGUGCAACUGAUCUUGGACCACUGUGUAAAUGUCUCCCUUGUGAAUAACAACGGUGCCCUACAGGAUGUGUCAAAGGUGGAUCACUCUACCUGUAUGGUUUCUUCUGAAACUCCAGGAAAUGAAAGAUUUCUUGAUGUCCACCAACCACUCCAAUUGGGUGGUGUUAAGAAGGCCCAGCCAUACCAUACCUCCCAAAAGCAUUUCAGAGGAUUUAUUGGAUGUAUUCGAAACAUUAUCAUUGACAGCCAGGUAUACAAUCUAGAGCACCCUGCUGAGUCUCUGAACAGUGCGCCAGGAUGCUCUCUGACAGAUGGACUGUGCCAGAAAGCUGGAGUAUCCUCCUGUGGCAUCCACGGCAAGUGCAUUGGUGACUGGGAUUGGUUCAAUUGCAAGUGUCUCGCCGGCUAUAUGGGAUCAAAAUGUGACAAAGUUCUUCCAGAAUGGACCUUUGGAAAGGACAGCUGGAUUCAUUAUGAACUGAAAACUGCAUUUAACGCUUACAAUACAUAUGCCCAACUCUCAGUGCGUACCAGAAUGCCCCACAGCACACUUCUGAGUAUGACAUCUGUAGAUGGAAGUGGAUACAUCAGAGUUGAGAUCAUUGGUGGACAUUUUGGUGUGAGCUUCAAUUUGGGAGACAAAAAUCACACUCUUCAGUUAAACACUGUGCGCAUAGACAAUGGCCAAUGGACUGAAUUAGUCCUAGAACGUUAUCACAAUGAAUUUUCUUUGCGUGUCAAUGAUGGUGGAGGUGAUCAUGAAGUGUCUUCUAUUCUGGGAUCAAGUGGCUGGUUCAAAAUGGAUUUGGCAAGCAUUGUGCUAGGAAACCACUUUGCUAACCAUUCAGAAAGUGACUUCCAAGGCUGUAUGAGGGAUGUUCAUCUGAAUGGCCAGCCUCUUCUUGUGGAUGGUAAAAGCACUGAAUACAGCUUUGUUGUGGAGCAGCAAGGCAUCACCAUAGGUUGCCAUUCAAGUGCAUGCAACAGUCAGCCCUGUUAUAAUCCUUUCCACUGUGUAGACCUUUGGAGGAAGUACGAGUGCAGGUGCCCAGCUGGCAAAGUGGAAGUGACAGAUAAUCUCACAGGCCUUAAACAGUGCACCUCCUCGCCCUGCGGCCAUUGGAACUGUAGAAAUGGCGGGACUUGUGUGGCCCAGUCCCGGGAUAAAUAUGUCUGCCAGUGUCCUGAAGGUUACAAAGGAAAGUGGUGUGAAGUCAGCCCUGUGAAAGCAGGAAGACCAGUGGGACUCAGCUCUGGUUCCAUCUUGGCUAUCAGCAUGUGCCUGCUUGUUUUUCUAGGUUUAUUAGUCUCGUAUACUGUGUGGAGUCAGUGGGGGAGAUCAGGGUUUCGGAAAGGAGGAAUUUACCACAUUCCUGAGGAACAUGAAAGUUGGGAAGAUGUUAGAGAAAACGUCUUCAAUUAUAAUGAGGAAGGAGGAGGGGAGCAUGACCUGAGUGCUUAUAAUAUAAAUAUGCUAAAGAAACCUCUACCAAGUAUACCUCCAUUUUCUUCAGGAACUGCUGCUCCACUCCUCAGAUCACAUACUGGAACACAAAGAAACAGAACUGGGAAUUCUGCAUGCAUGGUUCCCAGUGUCCCAGAUGUAAGACAUUACAUGUCUCAGAUAACACAGGAUGAAGAUAAUGAUUUGCAGAGGCUUCCAGAAGACAUGACACUGUAUUGCCUAGAAUGACAGGGCUCUUUGCAUCAAAGUUUGAAUUCCUUAGACAUCUCCAGCACAGAGAAAGAGUUAAAUGACAAUUACCUCAGUGAAUGGGGACCCAGCUUGUAAGGAUAAAAGAGCUCUAAGAACUUCAAACUGAUAAGUUAUAAAUAUGGACUCAUGAACAUAACAGACCUCUGUGAGAUGGACCCUACUCCUAAAAGGACAUAUUUUAGUAUUAUCCUAUUUAUUAAUUAUGUUUAUUUGGAAACCAUACAUCAGUGUGGUUGAUCUCCCCAUUCACUGAUCUGAAUAAAAGUUUUUAUAU